AUGGACCAGAAGGCCAUAGCCACACUGCUAGAGCUUGCUGCAAAAAGUCUACUGAGUAAUGAGCCUGCAGCUAUCCAUGCCUUGGAAGAACUCCCAAGAGACCUCUUUGUUCCCUUAUUCAUUGAUGCCUUCUUGGGAGGGCAUAAGAAGAUACUAAAAGCAAUGUCUUGUGUUUACUCUCGACACUCUAUGCUUAAAACAGAAGAAGCCCAGCAUAAUGUCAAGUGCCUUGGAAUUGUUAAUUCAGAGUCUGAGCUUCCGUCAACCCAGAAGCCCAUAGAAUUAUUAGUGGACCUUUCUUUCAAUAGUACCUUGAGAACAAAGCAAUUCCUUUCUUUCCUUCAGAGUAAAGUUGAGCAGAGCUUUGGGUCUUUGCACCUCUGCUGCAGAGAUUUGCAAAUUGAUAAAAUCUCUGCCCACAAAAGUGUCCUGCAGUUUCUGGAUCUGGGAUGCAUUGAUCACCUGGAAUUGAAUCAGGCUUAUCUGAAUGAAGUCACCACCCUUUUGGCUCAGAUGAUCCACCUGAACAGCAUUAGUUUGUCUAACAUCUCCUUUAAACAUCGUAAGGGGGAAGACUUCAGAGCUUUUCUCAUCCAGCUUGGGCAACUAGACAACCUCCAGGAGCUCAGCUUGGCUUUAUUCUGCCUUACAGAUCAACUACAUAAACUGCUCAGAAUCCUGCCACCUCAGUUGGAUACAUUGUGUCUAUCUUUUUGUGCCCUGUCUAACAGAGAUAUCACUGUCCUGUCUCAGAGUUCUCAGGCCACCUACCUAAGGCUGUUGAAUCUCAGUAACAACCAGAUAUUCUCAGAAGUUUAUGAGCCCUUCCAGAAUCUGCUAGAGAAAGUCUCAGGCACCCUGCAGUAUCUGGAGAUAAAUAGUUGCCUGGUAACUGAUUCUACUCUCUCUGCUGUCCUCCCAGCCCUGAGCCACUGUACCCACCUCCAUGUUCUUAGCUUUGCCUUCAACCCCAUUACAAUGCCUCUGCUCAUGGACCUUCUGCAGCAUUUAACAUGCUUGAUGGAGCUGAAGCAUGUUAUUUAUCCUGUUCCUGUCCACUGCUAUGAACAAUGGAAUUUUCCUGGAAGUUUGGACCGACAGAAACUUGCUGAAGUGCAGGCCCAAUUGACAGCAAUGCUGCAGGUGGUACAGCGAGAUGACAUGACCUGGACCACUUGUCCUGAGUGA